CGAGGUCUUUCCCAGCAUCAGCAUCAGCAUCGCCGAGCCAAAAUCUCACCCCACUGCCUGCCCGUCCAGGUGCUUUUGGUGACUCACGCCAUCAAAUAGAAACCAGAGAAAUUCAAGAGAUUGGGCAUUGAAUUCUACAAGGUUUUGGAACCUUCGAAUAAAUGCAACAAUUCGAUCAAGUUAAGGAGAGGCCUAUCCCAAGGAAUAUGGGAGAAAUGAAUUUUGUGCAAGCAGAAGAUGCGCAACUGGAGAAUGCCAGGGCGAGAUUUUCAAAUAUCAUUAAAAGGCAUGGAGCACUAAAAGAGCGCCUUUCUAGGGACUCUGACAAGACAGUUUCUGAGCGUUUGCAGAGGGAAUUUGAAGCUGCCCGUGCUUCUCAAACUCAAGAAAAAUACUUCGAUGGUGAGCAAUGGAAUGAUGGUUUAUUAGCAACAAUAAGGGAGCAGGUUCACAUGGAGGCUGAAAGAAAGGCAGCACAAUUGUCAGGGGAUACAACUGCGUUGCUGCCAGUACUUCCUUUUCAUGAAAAGAUUACUUAUAGAGCUGGAAAUAAGACAAUUUGCUGUUUGGAAGGAGGAAGGAUUGGCAUACAAUAUGAGACAUCAUUUGCUGGAGAACCUUGCGACCUGUACCAUUGUGUGCUCGAAAGCAAGUCAUUUCUUGAGAAAAUGACUGUUCUUGAACACACAGUUCCAUUUUUCUUGCUGAUACGUGAAGCUGAAAAUGAUUUUCUCUCUUCAAAUGCAAUGAAAUUCAUAGACCACAUGGGAGAUUUAUUACAGGCUUAUGUUGAUAGACGGGAGCAGGUCCGUCUUAUAAAGGAACUGUAUGGAAAUCAAAUUGGAGAACUUUAUCACAGUCUUCCAUAUCAUAUGGUUGAAUUUUUCCUUGAUGAUUUUGAUUGCAAGGUUACAUUGAGUCUUAAAUACGCGGAGGAUCUUAGGUCCGUACUUCCAACCGGGGUCAGUGUCCUUGCAUGGCCGAUGCAUGCUGUAACAAUGAACACGAAGGAAGAAACUCAACCUAUUCCAACUCGUUUGUCAUAUGCAGAGGAUGCAUUACGAUCAAUGAGUUUACCUGAAGCAUAUGCUGAGAUCGUUCUGAACUUGCCCCAGGUUCUUAAAGAAACAUAUCCACAAGAAAAUUUUGCCUAGGAUUGUUCCUAUAGGAACUGCAGAGGAGGAUGCUCUGAUGGACUGAAAAGAAAAUAACUGGGCAAUGAAAGUUAUGUAGAUCUCUUUUUCUCUCAUUUGCAGGUGGAAAAUUGCUUUGUUCAAUCGUGUAUAUAUUUUAAGGCAAUCUGUGUUCAUUGACAGAGUUCAAAUUUUUUAUUUAGAGUGGAUAAAAUACAUACAUUAUGAGUCACUCACCUUCCGGAGAAGUUUUAUUUUAGUUAGUUCCAAUUUUAUUUUA